AUGUGCGAGAAGGACGAGCAGUGGCUGCGGUCGUUGGCGUUGCUCAGCGAGAUGUGGGAGGCGAAGCUUGAGCUCGACGUCAUCUCUUCUCUACAAUGUUGGGAUCCGCGCGUGCCAAAAGGGCGAGCACUGGCAGCGGGCUCUGGUGCUGCGGAGCGAAGUGUAAGAGGCGAAGCUGGCUCCGAAUGCAGCCAGCUACGGCCGUGCGAUCGUCGCUCUGAUGCGAAGAGGCGAUACGACAAGCUAAAUAGCUUCAACGCUCGGGGCGCGCUCCGCUCGCUUGAGAAGGGAUGCUGGGACCACCAUGCAGUGCGUCACGGGUUAUCCGAGUGA